CAACAACCAGGAGAAGUUGACUCAACAGAGAAGAAGGAAGAGAAUGCCUCUAUACAGUCACGGGAUGAGGGUGCAUUGUUCUUAGGGACAGACUGGGGUUUGUUGCAGCAUGUGAUGUGUUUGUCCACGCAACAGAGUUGGGCUCUGAUAUCCUCAGUGUCAUUGUUUUACUUAUCCUUCAUUGCUUAGUAACAUUUAUAAUUGUAUUCCUAAUAAGAAGUCUCUUAGCUGUUGCCUUUUAGUGUUGUCCAUCGACUGUGGCCAAUUCCAAGUCACUUGAGAAAUGAAGAAAGCGCCGAGUGUUGAGUUUUGGUCAGAAGUUACACUGGGCUGUGUGAUUUUUUUAGAUAGUGAUGAAACAGAAUUCAGAAAUUUUAUUGUCUGGCUGGAGGACCAGAAAAUCAGACACUACAAGAUUGAAGACCGAGGGAAUUUAAGAAACAUACACAGUGAUGACUGGCCCAAAUCGUUUGAGAAGUAUAUGAAGGAUGUAAACUGUCCUUUCAAAAUGCAGGAACGACAGGAGACUGUGGACUGGCUUCUUGGGUUAGCAGUUAGGCUGGAGUAUGGAGAUAAUGCUGACAAGUAUAAGGACUCUACCCCUGACGGUGCUAAAAAUACUGACAAUACAGCAAAAAAUGCAGAACCACUGAUUAACUUGGAUGUGAAUAAUCCUGAUUUCAAGGCUGGAGUGAUGGCUUUAGCUAAUCUGCUUCAAAUCCAACGACAUGAUGAUUAUUUGGUAAUGCUUAAGGCAAUUCGCAUUUUGGUUCAGGAACGCUUGACGCAGGAUGCCAUAGCGAAGGCCAAUCAGUCCAAAGAGGGUUUGCCUGUUGCCUUAGAAAAACACAUUCUUGGUUUUGACACAGGAGAUGCUGUUAUCAACGAAGCUGCCCAAAUCCUGCGGUUGCUGCACAUAGAGGAGCUCCGAGAGCUGCAAACAAAAAUCAACGAAGCAAUCGUAGCAGUUCAGGCCAUUAUUGCUGAUCCCAAGACUGACCACAGACUGGGAAAAGUAGGGAGAUGAAGGGAUUGGAAUUUCCAUUCUCUUGUGUACUUAGUAUGGUUAGGCACUAUGUACAGCUCUGUACAACUCUGGCAUGCAGUUUGAAGUGGAUGUUAUCUUACUGAUUUGAAAGAAAACAGGAAGUCGAAUUCUGACUGUUCUAGUGAAUUAUCAUCUUUCUUUAAAUAAAUGAAGUCAGGGAAGUAGAAA